CUGACUUUUGCGUGCGGGGCAGCACAGCGGCCGGCGCCGAACGCGGGCAGUCGCGGCGUGCCGUGCAUAAUCCGGGGCCCAACCCCGGGCUGCGCCAUCGAUUCCCGGUCCGCCGAGUAGCAUACGGGCUCCACCGUCGCGAACGCGCGCCCUCGGGCAGCCCUGCGGCCCCCCCUGGCCAACACACAGCUCCACCUGCCAAGGACCAAGGUGUGCUAAUCGGGGACGACCGCAACAAGGCACGCGAACCGGGGACGACCGCGACGCGCUUACGCCGUCGCCGCCGCGCCACCACGAGGAAAAACUAUGGGCCGCGACGCCGAGCUUUUUGUUGAUGCGGCGGCCAUCAGCCGCCACCUCCUCUGCUCCAUCUGCCACGGUGUGCUCGAGAGACCGGUGCAGACGGCCUGCGAGCACCUCUUCUGCGAGGAUUGUCUAUUGGCGUGGCUCUGCCGCAAGGCGACGUGCCCCGUGUGCCAGGCGGUCACGGAACCUGAGGCGGUCAAACGGGCGCCGCGGGCCAUCGUCGGUUUGAUCGACGACCUGGAAGUGCGGUGCGACCACUGCGACUGCGACUGGACGGGAGCGCUUGAUAAACUCAAUGCGCACCUCGACGAAUGCUGUCACGCGCCGCGGGCGGAGCUCUUGCAGCGUUUGUCGGCGAAGCAGCGGCAAUUGGACGAUGCGCGGCGGACCAUCGCCGAUCGAGAUCGGGAGAUCGUGCGGUUGGAGGCGGCGCUCAAGGCGCGGCGCGACGGGAGCGCCCGCGACGCGGACAACGCGCGGCGGCGGCUCCGCCAGUUGGAGAGGGACGCGGACGAGGACCCGCGGCGCAGCCCGGGCACGACGCAGUCGCAGCGCAGCCUGCGGCGCGAGCGCUUCCGGAAGGCGCGCUCCGACCGCGCCACGGACGUGACGCGCAUUAUGAGUUUGAGGGACUCGCUCGAGACGCUGCGGCUCCACGCUGCGGACGAGGAGCCCACCGGGGAUCGGUGUUAAAGUACACAUG